UGGAAAUUCUUGGUAACAGUUUUAAACCCGUAAUUGUUAUGAUGAAGCUUAGUGGAGUUUUGCCUAUUGAAAAGUGGCCUCGUCUGCAGCAAGUCCUUUUUAUGAUAACAUUUGGACUUAUGUUAUCCUUCAACAAGGAUUGCAUAGUUGGGAACUUAAAUCAGGGUGAAAUGAGAAGCGUGCUUAUAACCUUCUCCGUAACUGGCACUGUACUGUUAUCGACCUUCAGAUACUUGGUUGUGCGCAUCAGAAUUGGAAAGAUUCUGAAAUUGUUUAAGGAUCUUGACGCUAUAUCCUUUGACAAAGAGCAGGAAGUGGAACACAACUUUUUGCAAAUUGUGAAAAAAGUGAAAUUUCUGGUGAAAGUAUCGACCGUGCUUUUCGGUUCUGGAAUGGGAUCGUUUGUGCUUCAUGCCGUACUCAUUGGUCGCAGGAUACUGCCAUUGGAUGUUUUCUUUCAGGUCGACUAUUCAAAGGAUUUUGGUAGAUGGAUAUUUUUGUAUAUUUGGCAGACAUUGGACUUUUACGCUAUGUGGUUGGCGAGCAGCAUUUCCGAGAUCAUACCAGCGACAAUUUUGAUUAUUCUCUGUGGACAUCUCAGGAGCCUGGGCUAUCAGUUGACCAAUCUGCCAACUUGCCCGGUGGGAGCAUUUAAUAAUGCAUUGAAACUCUGGUUCAUAGAAUAUCAGAAAAUUAAAAGGGCAUGCUCGGAUUUCGAGGACAUUUUUUCAUCACAGUAUUUCUUCGAAGCGCUCCUCUUAUGUACUAAUAUCUGCGGGGCAAUACUUGCUUUGAUUCUGGUUACGGAUUGGGCAACAUGUUUUUUCUAUUUUACGAUGGUUACAGUCCUGAGCUUUGAACUCUUUUGUCCUUCUUUGCUGGGUAACUUGAUACAGACAAGGACUGAAGAUCUUCAGUUUCGCUUGUACUCAGCUAACUGGGAGGAAAUAAAAGGCACUGAGUCCAUGAAAGCAUUUCUGAUAUUCAACGAAGCUCUGAAGCGUCCUUUGUCCAUCAGGUUUGGCAAGAUAUAUGUCGUGAAUCUAGAUGCAUUCAAAACGAUUCUCAAGUCAGCUUACUCUUUGCUCACAAUUGCGUAUCACUUCAUAUCCAAUGAAUAAUGGAUUCAGUUGUCUUCAGCUGACUUCUUAGUAGACCAGCUGACUUUGUCUUAACGGAUUUCCUCAAAAAAAAACAUUUGAGGCUUUGAAACCACGUAUUUGUAAAUGCCGCUUUUACGCUGUCCGCUUCUCUUGACUUAUCGAUUUUAUCACACCUUUUACGCAUGUGGUAAGGACAUUGUAUUGAAUAUUCAUCGAAAAUUUGCACGGAGUCAUGGCAGUUUUAUACAUGUCAUUGAUAUAUGAAAAUUAG